AUGUUUCUUUUAGGAACGUUUCUGACGCUACUGGCGGGGAUAGAUCGUGCGGUGGGAACAUGUAGCGUGUACCAGACACAGGUCGGCUACUCUAUGUGUAGCUGGCAAUCGGUGCGUGGUAAGGCGUGCAUUUCAUUUCUGUUGCCAUCGAAUUUUAUUCUGACAGCUUCAGCCAACGUUAUUCGCGACACUAUCUACAUAGACGGAGGAUAUCUCUGGUAUGAGCAAAUAUACUCGGACAAUUGCACCGGCAACGAGUCCCAAGGUAAAAGCCCUCGAGCCUUAAGAAGCUUUGAUGGCUCCGUCUAUACUUUCAAUCUUUCCUCCUCAUUCAACACUAGCUCGAAUUUCUCAGAUGUACUCAGUUUGAUGUCCAUCGCCGGCGCCGGGAGCAAUAUAGAUCCAACCUUUGUUGAUGGCGUGAUGUUUGCCAACGAUGGCGAGUUCUACCUCUAUGGUGGUGCCGCCAUCCCUACCACCGAUAAUGAGAAUACGUCUGAAGAUACGGUUCUCGGCUAUGAAGCCUUCCAGUAUGAUGGUAUUACCAAGCAAAACUGGGAGCCUAGGUGGUGGAUCGACGACUUACCUGACAACGUGACAACGUACAUCACAAACGGAGCUGGGGAAUCAGCUCCUAGCGAAAACCUGGGCUUCUAUUUCAGUGGAAUGCAUGCUCCGAAUUGGGGCGCCAUCUCAUACCCACCGUACAAAGCCAACACAACAGCAGAUACAUUGAUUACGGUAAACAUGACAGUGAUGGAGUCCGAGACAUGGGUAAACGACACACUCCCGAGCUACGUUCAAGGCCGUGCGAACGCGGAGCUUGUUUGGGUACCAGUGUCCGAGUCUGGAGUUCUGGUGGCCAUUGGGGGUGUCGUUGAACCUGCUGGAACGUUUGUAAGUCUAAACUCAACGCAGAAGGCGCGCAGCGUAAAAAUCAGCCCAACAUUCAUGGAAACGGUUUCUGUCUACGAUGUCGAUACCAAGACUUGGUAUCUCCAGAACACAACGGGCCAUACACCGCCGCAAUUGACCGAAUUUUGUUCUGUACUUGCGAGCGCUGAGGACGGCUCGUCACACAAUAUCUAUAUCUACGGAGGGUACAAUGGCCUCGAUAACAAUGCGAAUGCAUCGGAUGAUGUGUAUAUUCUGUCGUUACCCUCUUUCACAUGGGUCAAAGCCUACAAUGGGACAAACACACACGGCCGGAACGGACAUCAAUGUAUCAAGGUCUACCCAAACCAAAUGCUCGCCAUUGGAGGCUAUCGCAUUGAUGUGACACACUGUAUUGAGGGAGGUGUUAUUGUCAACUUCAACCUUAACAGUCUCAGCUUCCAGGCCUACGAUCCCGAGCAGUGGAGCGACUACAAAGUGCCGGACCUCUUAAUAGCUCAAAUAGGUGGAGACUCUUCGGGUGGUGCAACGACCACAGGUCCAUCCUCAUGGACCAAUUCCUCACUUGAAGCUAUCUUCAAUACGAAAUACACCAAAACAAUCUCAACCUACUGGCCCUAUAACCCGACUUCCACCGAUAGCAGUUCAACAACACACCACAAAAAAUUCCCGACAUGGGCCGCAGCUGUGAUCGGCGUGCUCUGUGGCCUUCUCGUCAUCGGACUAAUCAUACUUGCAUGGUUCUGCCUCAGACGUCGCCAAAAACGCCAGCUUGAAAAAGAAGAAGAAAUCCAUGAAACCGACGGUCGGCAACAUCUUACAUCCAUGUACGGCGGUGGCCCAACAUCACCUAUAGCAGGCCCCAGGUCUGCAUCUACAGGCCAGGAGACAUCCGUAGGAGUAGGCACAAUACAGGAAUCGAUCGACACAUCUGCAUCUCCCGGAACAGUUGAAUCAGGUGGAGGUGCAGUCCACGAGAUGCACGACUCCUCGCCUAUUGAGCUUCCUACCCAGUUCAACGUCUCAGCUGCCAAUACAAAUAUUACCAGGGGGUCUUCGGUGACUAGUAUAGCCCGAGGCUCCUCUCCUUCGCCUAUUUUGCCUCAAACCCCCGAGUCAGAAAUUGGUUCGUUCUUGAUACCGAGCCACCACCGUAGUUUGUCGACUCGGUCGAUUGACAAUGUGGUUACCGGCCGAAUGUCGCAAUUUCAUGAAACUUUCGAUUAUGGAAAUGGGCAGCAUCAGCGCCAUGGGUCUGAGAUUUCCGAGGCGAGUUCGAAUGAAAGAGCUGCAAUUGGUGGCAGCGAGACGAUUCAUGAGCAUGAGUAA